AUGCCAAGCAAGCAGACAUUUGGAUAUGAGACUGCCCUUGAGAAUAAGGAAGGAGAGGGGCUAACGCAUAUUGCCGAUAGCCUAGCCAACUGUAAGUGGCUCAUCGAUCUCCAGAAGGAGUUUAAGGCCGCCCUUGACCACUAUACCAAGGACUUCCAGAAGCUAGUGGACGCGUCUGUUGCACCCCAUCCAAAGACCCUACCGUUCAGCGAGAACUUUAUAGCAGACAGCUGCAGCUCCGUUUGCCAAACUUUAGAGAAGCUUUCAGAACAGUUUGAGGCCCAGUCUAUUUCAAAGCUAGAAGACGCAUACAAAGAGAAUACUAAAGAACUUGCGACUCUCAAGGCAACGAUGGAUAAGUCCUUCAAGGAGCGGGCAAAGCUGGACAGCGACAAGCACAAAACCAACACGGCAAUGACGACUCUUUCUCAUAAGCUUGACGGAUCGGAGCCAUCCAGUAGCACUCUUAAGGAGAAAGCAAGACUCGAGAAGAAGAGCGAAGAAAUCACUGAGCAACUUGCUGACGUCAACAAGCGCUUCGUUGGCCUACGCAAUCAAAUGGAAACCCUUGACUGGGAAGUCCUUCAGGGCCUUAUCACGGCCAGCAAGGUCACUGGCGAGGAGCUCGGCAAAGCUGGCUCUAAACUUAAGGCGAUCGGCGAGGAGAUUGAAAAGAAGAGGCACACAAACAAUGCUCAAGAAAGCCUUGAACAGUUUCUGAAAACGAUCACCGCUGCAGAAAAAGACCGCUGCCGUGCUAAUAUUGUCUAG